AUGCCUUGCUCUGUCGCAGUGGAAUCAUCUCGCAAACGACGGGAGCGCGAGGAAGAAGACCUUGAUCGGGAUCACUCAUCGAAGAGACGGAAAGGGGCCGACCCGGUCACAUCAACAGCAUAUUGGGAUAAUCUAUCGAAGGUCUGGUUAACCAAGGACGCUCUUGAGGAGCUAGAUAGACGAAACAAGGCUUCUGGCAACGUAAAAAACCUUCAAUACUUCCAUCACCACCGACACCGACACCGCAGUCGCCGGCCGCUCACCCGACAGUUACAGGCGAGACUUAAAUGUCGUGGCCAGACGCUUGUUCCUGACCCCCUGGUAAACUGCAAGCCCGAGAUUCAGAGGGAGAUUAAAAGACUCUCCAGAAAAGGCGGGCCUGACCUGUCUGAUCUUCGGAAUUUCCCGAACCCUGGUAUCCCUUAUUAUCAAUCAAUGGGUGCAAAUAAUUCUCGCCGUCAGAAGCGCCGUGCGGGAGAUCCCCCGGAUGAUAGCAAUACCAGCAGUAACAAGAUUACAAGAACGACGAGUAGCACUGCCUAUAACCGGAACUUCGAGCAGAAGUUGAUUGAUUAUGGCGUUUAUCCUCCCGAAUACAGGGAACCUGGUUGUCCGAGACCAGCAAAACCUGAUAACUGGCGGGAGCUCAAUGAACGACUAGUGCAACCCCGGGCUUCCCUCUCCCCAUCAAAGUUCUCAGAACAGGAAUUUGAAGAGUUUAGAGAGGCGGAUAUCAACGCCGCUAAGGAGAAGACGAUUGUGCGCUCGGCCUUUCCGAGGAUUGAAGGCCGCAUUGAUGAUAGUAGGAGUGUAGGCGGAGACUAUCUCUUUGGGAAUCUUGCUCCUCUAACAGAUGGUACUUUGGCCAAAGCAAAGCCGGACCAUUUCUUUGGUGCUCACCCUAAGAAACUCGACGAGGAAAUCCGCGAGGAGCUUAAUGAUUAUAUCAUACCCUCGACGCAAACUUCCCUCCCAAUGCUUCCAAAUUUCUUCCUGGAGACUAAAGGUCCUGAUGGAUCGUCUGCUGUAGUCACGAAACAGGCCUGUUACCACGGUGCGUUGGGGGCUCGAGGAAUGCACAGGCUGCAGUCAUACAGACAGGAUAAGCCGGUCUAUGAUAAUAAGGCCUAUACAAUAACAUCAACCUACCAGUCUAGCCAACUUAAGCUCUAUACGACGCAUCUCACCGGCCCCAGAGAAGAUGACGGUCCUCUUGAGUACAUUAUGACUCCGCUAAGGUCUUUUGCGAUGACAGAUAACCCUGAAACGUUUCGGCAGGGAGCAACUGUAUAUCGGAAUGCACGAGACUGGGCAAAGGAGCAACGAGACGAUAUGAUCAAGUGUGCAAACGAGAGAUACAGACAGGCUCGUUCUGAGCUUCCGUCUGCAUCUGAACGAGAGGAAACUGCAGAGGCAACUGCCAUCCCUGAGAACGCCGGUACGCCGGUCACGUCUGAUGAGGCUGAUGCUGCGUGGAGCUUUACACGGCCAAACGACAAUGAUAACAUCGAGGAUCUUCAGGGUUCAAAUAUACAAAGACCUAACUAG